AAAGAGCAUCACCGGAACAAAUAAAAGACCCAAUGCAGCGCUCUCAGCUUCUAAAAGCUGUUAAUGAAGAUACAGAUCAUGAGUUCUACAGGGUAAAGCUACAGGAAGAGUUUCGGGAGGAAGGCUUACAGGUUAUAGUCAAGCUUUCGGGGAUCAAGUUGACGCCAGAUACGCCGUCAUACCCGGGAGAGGACUGGCAUGUGGAUGGCAUGAUGAAUGAGCACAUCGUGAGUACUGCCAUUUAUUUCUACGAUGUUGACAAUGUCACGGAAGGGCAACUAUCAUUUCGUCAACCCAUUCGUAUGGAUGCUGAAUGUUAUGUGUUUAAUGGAAACCAAUGGGACGUUCCAUAUUUAGAGGGGUUACAUGGAGUGAAGCAAAAUGGUUCAUCUCAACAAGAGAUUGGCUCUAUCACAACCUAUCAAGGCCGCCUGGUGGUAUUUCCGCAUGCGCUUCAUUACCGAAUGGGGCCCCUAGACCUCGUGGAUAGAACCCGACCCGGACACAGUCGGUUCUUCACCCUGUGGCUCGUUGAUCCUCACUACCGCAUAGCAUCAACGAGAAAUGUGCCUCCUCGACGGCAUGAUUGGUGGGUCGACACCUGGCUGAGCUCUGUGGCAUCGAAACAUCCACUUCCGCAAGAACUGUGGGAUAUGAUUCUUAAAGAGACUGAGGGCUGGCCCAUGAAUCUACCAGAAGCUCGAAAACAUCGGCUACAGCGAAUGAAAGAGACCCGCGAGUCGUGGAAAAUACUAACAGACGAGCUCGAACGAUGGAAUUUACAUUUUGUCAAAGAAGAAUCGGCCUAUCCUAUUCAUGCCGAUGCUAUCCAUGUUGCGCUUUAAAACUGCAAAAAUACCAGCGAUUGUGCUAUUUCAUUGCCCAGUGAUGAGGUCGGUGUUGUGGCUCAGGUUUGAAUUGAUAGUGUUGGCGAUGAACCUGAGUCGAUCUGGAUGUGUGUCACUCGAUCAUCCUAGCACAGGGUGCUAACUAGACGAUCUUGUCGCUGUCUGUCUUCCAGAGGGCUCGGAAGAAAUGGAACGUUGGGUUGGGUACGUCGUCCGACCUGAUUGGGAGGCCAAUCUUAGCCAAGGGCAGAGCUUUUACUGAAAUCAAUCAGUUGUGGGAGGAGAGCGUUGAGGGGAAUGCUUAUCGGGUCUCUAUGGAAUGGCAGGAUGGAAGUCAAGACAUGCCAAGUCCUUUUCCUCAACAGUGACACA